UGCAGCGGUUGGCAAUCUUGUCGGAGGAGUUGGCAAAACGACUGGCAGUCUUGUAGGAGGAGUUGGCAAUGCGGCUGGCAGUCUUGUCGGAGGACUUGGCAAUGCGGCUGGCAGUCUUGUCGGAGGAGCUAGCAAUGCGGCUGGUAGUCUUGUAGGAGGAGUUGGCAAUGCGGUUGGCAGUCUUGUCGGAACACUUGGCAAUGCGGCUGGCAGUCUUGUCGGAGGAGCUAGCAAUGCGGCUGGUAGUCUUGUAGGAGGAGUUGGCAAUGCGGCUGGCAGUCUUGUCGGAGGACUUGGCAAUGCGGCUGGCAGUCUUGCCGGAGGAGUUGGCAAUGCGGCUGGCAGUCUUGUCGGAGGACUUGGCAAUGCGGCUGGCAGUCUUGCCGGAGGAGUUAGCAAUGCGGUUGACGAUGCUAUAGCAGGAGUGGGCACAGUGGUUGGCGAUGUGAGCCAGGCGGCUGGCAGUCUUGUAGGAGGAGUUGGCAAUGCGGCUGGCAGUCUUGCCGGAGGAGUUAGCAAUGUGGUUGGCGAUGUGAGCCAGGCGGCUGGCAGUCUUGUAGGAGGAGUUGGCAAUGCGGCUGGCAGUCUUGCCGGAGGAGUUAGCAAUGCGGUUGACGAUGCUAUAGCAGGAGUGGGCACAGUGACUGGCAAUUUUGUCACAGAACUUGGCAAUGCGGCUGGCAGUCUUGCAGGAGGAGUUGGCAAUGCGGUUGGCGGUGUUGUAGGAGGAAUUGGCGAUGUGACUGGCAAUUUUGUCACAGAACUUGGCAAUGCGGCUGGCAGUCUUGCAGGAGGAGUUGGCAAAGAGGUUGCCGAUGCUUUAGCAAGAGUGGGCAAUGUGGUUGGCGAUGUUGUAGGAGGAGUUGGCAAUGCGGUUGGCGAUGUUGUAGGAGGAGUUGGCAAUACGGUUGGCGAUGUUGUAGGAGGAGUUGGCAAUGCGGUUGGCGAUGUUGUAGAAGGAGUUGGCAAUAUGACUGGUAAUGCUGUAGCAGGAGCUGGCCAUAUGGUUGGUGAUGUGGGCGAGGCGACUGGCAAUCUUGUCGGAGGAGUUGGCAAUGCGGUUGGCGAUGUUGUAGGAGGAGUUGGCAAUACGGUUGGCGAUGUUGUAGGAGGAGUUGGCGAUGUGACUGGUAAUGCUGUAGCAGGAGCUGGCCAGGUGGUUGGCGAUGUGGGCGAGGCGACUGGCAAUCUUGUCGGAGGAGUUGGCAACGUGGUUGGCGAUUAUGUUGGAGAAGUUGGCAAUGUGGCUGGCGAUGUUGUAGGAGGAGUUGGCAAUGCGGUUGGCGGUGUGGGCACUGCGACUGGCAAUCUUGUCGGAGGAGUUGGCAAUGCGGUUGGCGAUGUUGUAGGAGGAGUUGACAAUACGGUUGGCGAUGUUGUAGGAGGAGUUGGCAAUGUGGCUGGCGAUGUUGUAGGAGGAGUUGGCAAUGCAGUUGGCGAUGUCGGCACGGCGACUGGCAAUCUUGUCGGAGGAGUUGGCAAUGCGGUUGGCGAUGUUGUAGGAGGAGUUGGCAAUGCGGUUGGCGAUAUGGGCACAGCGGUUGGCGGUGUUGCAGGAGGAGUUGGCAAUGCGGUUGGCGAUGUUGUAGAAGGAGUUGGCAAUGUGACUGGUAAUGCUGUAGCAGGAGCUGGCCAGAUGACUGGUAAUGCUGUGGCAGGAGCUGGCCAGAUAGUUGGCGAUGUGGGCGAGGUGACUGGCAAUCUUGUCGGAAGAGUUGGCAAUGCGGUUGGCGAUGUUGUAGAAGAAGUUGGCUAUGCGGUUGGCGAUGUGGGCGAGGCGGUUGGCGAUAUUGUAGGAGAAGUUGGCAAUGUGACUGGUAGUGCUGUAGCAGGAGCUGGCCAGAUGACUGGUAAUGCUGUGGCAGGAGCUGGCCAGAAGACUGGUAAAACUGUGGCAGGAGCUGGCCAGAUAACUGGUAGUGCUGUGGCAGGAGCUGGCCAGAUGACUGGUAAUGCUGUAGCAGGAGCUGGCCAGAUGGUUGGCGAUGUGGGCGAGGUGGUUGUAGGAGGAGUUGGCCAGACGGUUGGCGAUGUUGUAGGAGGAGUUGGCAAUGCGGAUGGCGAUGUGCGCUUCGCGGCUGGCGAUGUGCGCUUCGUGGUUGGUGAUGUGGGCGAGGCACUUUCGGAAUUACAGACACAAUUAUCGGACGUCUCAUCAUCGGUAGCAGAGAAAAGAAGCGAAAAUCUAACGAAUGCUAUGAAUUCUAUGGAAGAAUUGGUGGACUAUUUACAGCAAGAGGGUACGAACAACAUGGAAGAAUUACAAGCUAAAGCGAAGGAGACUCAGGAAAACAUUAUUAAAGCUCUUAAUGAUUCGAGUCUUACAGAAGAUGUGAAAAACCAAUUAAAUGAUGCAUUGGACGCCUUGCAAACGCUACCUUCAAGUGAUAUGUCUGUUAAUAUUGACGGUAGCGCUUCUACUUCUACUACGUAAGUUCUUUCUGAUGAUAGUGGAAGUUCUGCUUCUGAUAGCAGUAGCGCAACUUCUAACACCGCUGCCGUCAAAGUCAAGUCAAAGUCAAAAUCAUUUAUUUCAAAUAGACCAGGAAGGCACUUUUGAACGUCAAAGCAAAUAUAAUAAUAUUAAUAACAUCUGUCUGUCGGUCAGUCCUCUAGUGAAGCUAUUUGCUCGUUCCAAAGUGUAGAUUCCUAUGGAGAAGAACGAGCAAGAAACUCCAUAGGUUACUCUUUCUCAAUCAGAUUUACAAUACAAUUCUUGGUUACAUUGUUUCGAUUACUUCAACUAUGUGAGAACAAUGUAAAACUAAUAUACAGUCAAAGCGACAGAAAAAGAAAAUAACCUAGAGGACAAUAAAAAUUAAUGCAGUCCAGAGCUGACCGCCGAAGUCUCUGCUUAAAUUGUUUCCAAAGGAGCACGGAUAAAAUUGAUUCUUCAACAAGUACCUGCUGAGUUAACAGUAAAGUGUUAUAAUUUAAAGCUUUUCAAAUUAUGUUCAAAUUUGUUUAAAUUCUCACGAUCCAAUCGUUCAUCUUUUGAAAAUAAAUUUCAGUUUGUGUUGCAUAAAA